GCUUUUCUCUCCUUCUCCAAGAUGGCGGCGGUCGGCGGCGCUGAGGCGGGAUCCGGGCGAGCCGAGUGAAGACCUGGCCCUGUAGACGGGAAGGAGCCUGGACACAGUGACAUUCUCAAAGGCCCUGAGGACCGCCAUGGCUUAUGAUGACCCCAUGAAGAAAGAAGAUUGCUUUGACGGUGAUCACAGCUUUGAGGACAUAGGACUGGCAGCUGGCCGAAGCCAACGAGAAAAGAAACGUUCUUACAAAGAUUUUUUAAGGGAAGAGGAAGAAAUCGCUGCUCAGGUCAGGAAUUCUUCCAAGAAGAAGUUAAAGGAUAGUGAACUUUACUUCUUGGGGACGGACACGCACAAGAAGAAGAGGAAGCACUCCUCUGAUGAUUACUACUAUGGAGGGCAGUGGUUCUUGUUCUGAGUGCCGGUAAACCUGUGUGGAGGAGGAGACAGGUGGAGGGCUGGUAUUUUGGAGGAUUCAGCAUAGAAGAACAGUCUUCAUUUGUGAUUCACCAGACCUUUCGUCUUUGGAAUCGUCACAGAAGAAAAAGAAAAAAUCCAGCCCGCAACCUGCCGAUACAGCUAUGGACCUAUUGAAGGCUAUCACUUCCCCACUAGCAGCGGGCUCCAAGCCCCCAAAAAAGACAGGGGAGAGAGCCUCUAGUUCUUCAAGCCAUCCGGAGAGUAAAAAGGAACACCACAGGAAGAAAGUAAGUGGGAGCAGCGGGGAACUGUCCCUGGAGGAUGGCAGCUCCCACAAAUCCAAAAAAAUGAAACCGCUCUACGUGAACACAGAGACGCUGACCCUUCGCGAGCCUGAUGGCCUAAAGAUGAAACUUAUUCUCUCCCCAAAGGAGAAAGGAGGCAGUUCCGUUGAUGAGGAGUCUUUUCAGUACCCCUCUCAGCAAGCUGCUAUGAAAAAAUCCUCCAAGAAAUCGGCUCGGGACGAGCAAGGUGCCUUACUCCUCGGACCCGAGUUGCAGAGCUUUCUGAAAUCAGCCCGGAAGAAGCACAAGUCAUCCUCAGACUCACGUUCAUCUCCUGGCCCAGAAGGGUCUGAUGCCUCCCAGUUCCCAGAACCCCACAGUGCUAACCUCCAUCUUUCAGGAAUAGAACCUAUUCUUGUAGAAUCGGACUCGUCCUCUGGUGGAGAACUGGAGGCGGGGGAGUUAGUGAUUGAUGAUUCUUACCGGGAAAUCAAGAAAAAGAAAAAGUCAAAGAAGAGCAAAAAGAAGAAGGACAAGGAAAAGCAUAAAGAGAAGCGACACUCCAAGUCCAAGAGGAGUUCAGGACUUCCCACUGCAGCAGGGGGAGAGGCCACGAUGACAGCCGCCGCUCCCCCCAGCGUCGCCCCACCGCUCCCUGGCCUCCACACAGAUGGGCAUAGUGAGAAGAAAAAGAAAAGAGAAGACAAGGACAAAGAGAGAGAAAGGGGAGAAAAGCCAAAAAAGAAGAACAUGUCGGCCUACCAGGUGUUUUGUAAAGAAUAUCGUGUAACCAUCGUGGCUGAUCAUCCAGGUAUAGAUUUUGGGGAACUUAGUAAAAAAUUAGCUGAGGUGUGGAAGCAAUUGCCAGAAAAGGACAAACUGAUUUGGAAGCAGAAAGCUCAAUAUCUGCAACACAAACAGAAUAAAGCAGAAGCUACAACCGUGAAAAGAAAAGCCUCCAGCUCCGAAGGUUCCGUGAAAGUAAAAGCUGCUUCUACAGGAGUAUUGUCACCCCAAAAGAAGUCUCCACCCAGUACCAUGCUGUUACCAACCUCACCAGCCAAAACCCCUGAGACAGAGCCCAUUGAUGUUGCUGCUCAUCUCCAGCUGUUGGGAGAGUCCCUAAGCCUCAUUGGACACCGCCUGCAGGAAACUGAGGGAAUGGUGGCUGUGUCUGGCAGUCUGUCCGUGCUUCUGGAUUCCAUUAUCUGUGCACUUGGCCCCUUGGCAUGUCUGACCACACAGCUACCUGAAUUGAAUGGCUGUCCCAAACAGGUCUUGUCCAACACACUAGACAACAUUGCUUACAUCAUGCCUGGACUCUGACAGCAAAGAAUCCUGAAAUGGAAACCUAAUUCCACCCCAUUCCUGGCUGGCUUGUGUAUAUGUGACUGUUCCAAAUCCCUUCACUGACCUCGGUGUUGGUUUUAAAUUUUUAUAUAUGUA